ACGCUGGUUUCUGUGUAAUGACUACAGCUCCGAGUUGCGUUUACAAGCUCUAUGAUGCGGCGGUACAUGCGCGCACUGAUGCUGUGCAUGGUGUUUGCCGUGUUUUCGGGCUUGUAUGUUUACAGUAGGCUGUUUUACUCGGGCGUGUCUGCCGGAGGAAACGGAGCAAAGAAGAUUUUCAUCCCACCGAGAGUGCCUGGAGCCAGGCGAGGGGUCGUGGAUAAAGACCCACACUGGUACAAUAGGUACAUCAUGCGUCAGCAGGUUCAGAUGGAGGCUGCUGGUACCAGACCUGAACCUGCCAUGCACUUGUCUGUGGUGGCCUGUGGGGAGAGGCUGGAGGAGACUCUCACCAUGAUCAAGUCUGCCGUGCUCUUCAGCAUCAAGCGCCUCCAUUUGCACAUCUUUGCAGAAGAUCAGCUCCACGCCAGCUUCAUUGAAGCCUUGGAGUCGUGGCCUGGUUUUAUUCGCUCCAGGUUCAACUACAGAGUUUACCCCAUCAGCUUCCCCAGUGAGAACGCGGCUGAGUGGAAGAAACUCUUCAAGCCCUGCGCUUCACAGCGACUCUUCUUACCUCUGAUCUUAAAGGACGUUGACUCCAUUGUGUAUGUCGACUCUGACAUCCUCUUCCUGCAGCCCGUAGACCACUUGUGGAGAUUGCUUUCCGACUUUAAUUCUUCUCAGCUGGCUGCUAUGGCCCCAGAGCACGAGGAGCCCCGCAUCGCCUGGUACAACCGCUUCGCCCGCCACCCAUUCUACGGCAGGACGGGCAUCAACUCAGGGGUCAUGCUCAUGAAUCUGACACGGAUGAGGAGCGUGUUCUUUAAGAAUGACAUGACAUCAGUGGGGCUGCGGUGGGAAGAGCUCCUGAUGCCUCUACUCCAGAAAUACAAACUGAACAUAACCUGGGGAGACCAGGACCUUCUCAAUAUCAUUUUUCACUACAACCCCGAGUCCUUGCUGGAGUUUCCGUGCCAGUGGAACUAUCGCCCAGAUCACUGCAUCUACGGCAGCAACUGUGCCUCAGCUGAGGAGGGUGGCAUCUACAUAUUGCAUGGAAACAGGGGAGUUUACCACGACUACAAACAGCCGGCUUUCAGGGCUGUCUACGAAGCCAUAAAAAAGUUCACUUUCGGCACAAAUCCAGCGACUUCUCUGUUGGAACCUUUAGAAGAGGAACUUUGGAAAACGACGCACACGUACUGUGGGAAAUCACACACACUCUUCACCAAGAGACUGAGAAACAGUGUGGUGAACAUCACCAGGAAGACUCACAAAUGGUGAUGAAACUGAAGGACGGCGAUGAGGCACAGACUCAAAGGACGGUCACGCCGUUGUGCUUUAGCUCGACUUUUGCGGACUCGAGCAAGGAAUUGAAGUGGUACCCGCUGAUCUUGAAAGCCUAAACACAACUGAAACUCUCCUGCUUUGUAUAUUUUUUUUACUGAUAUUUACAAAAUGUAAACAUGUCGUGUCAAAGCAAGAAAACUAGUGAAGAUGUGGCCGCUUGCAUUAAGGCAGCUGGGCUAGUCUCAGACUGAGACUUAUAACUGCUCACACUUUGUAAACUGCUGUGGAAAAGUGAUGUAAAAGCUCUGAAAUGCACUACAAUGUAGCAUCGGCCAAACGGUCCUGUAACAAAGCACCAAACCUGCUACAGAUGGACUUUUUUUUUUUUCCUUUCACAAACUAAAGAUUUUGUUAUUCAAGCAAACUUUCAGUGCCUUUUAUUUAUAGGCUAAAAGUGCAGAAGAUUUUUAGAAGAGUAGCUCCAUAUUUUCCAUAUUGGAGAGUUUAUUGACCCUUGUGAAACACGAGAAAUAACUGUAUCCAAACUGGAAUAAAGGUUUUCUGCAGAGUUCAGUUUUGGAGAGGCAUACGCACCGGACCACUUUUUUUAUCUUCCAGAAACCACCAACA